AUGGCAUAAAAUUUAAUAUCAGCUAUAGCAUGGGUUUCUAGAGGGUAUGCAAUAAAGUAGCCAAAAGAAUUUGAUUUAGAUGAAGAGGAAAUCAAUUAGAUGAAGUAAGAUAAACUAAUAAAUAAAAAGUAAUAGAUUUAUUUAAGGUUUAGUUUGACAUAAGAUUUGGGUAAAAUACAAGAGUAAGAUGAAGAUUCAAGUGAAGACAAUCUUCCAGUAUUUUGUUAAGAUUUAGAAAUGCAUGGAAAGUAGUAAUUGCCAGAUGAUGGAUAUCCAGUAGCAAUAGAGGAUUUGAGUGAUGAAGAAAAAGAAGAUUAUCAAAUCAAAUCAUCGGAUGCUUUGAUUAUAGCUGCCAAGAUCGUAUUAAAUAAAUAAAUGCUAAAUUUUAGGAAAAUGAGUUUUCAUCAUUAGAAGUGUAUAUCUAUGAAGAAGAGAAGGCCAAUUUAUUUGUGCAUCAUGAGAUAUAAUUAUCAGCAUUCCCUUUAGCAGUAGAAUGGUUACCAAUAUAACCAGGUUAAAUUGAGAGUACAUCUGCAAUCAAGGGUAAUUAUGCAAUAGUCUCAUCAUUUUUACCUGAAAUAGAAAUUUGGAAUUUAGAUGUAGUUAAUGUAUUGGAACCAUCUUUAGUUUUAGGAGGAGAGAUUGAAUAGAAUUAUAAGAAAGUUAAAAACUUAAAGAAAUAGAGUAAGAAAUCUUAUAAACCUGACAGUCAUACUGAUUCAGUUUUGAGUUUGUCUUUGAAUUCAUUUAAGCCAAACAUUUUAUUAUCAGGAUCAGCAGAUCAUACAGUUAAAAUAUGGGAUUUAAUGCUUUAGAAAUGUGUGUUUACUUACAAUCAUCAUAAAGAUAAAGUUUAAAUCUCUAAAUUCAAUACAAAAGAGGAAAGUGUAAUAUUAUCAGGAGGUGAAGAUGGAAAACUUUGUUUAUUUGAUGCCAGAUCACCAGAUUCAAUUCAUUAACAUAAAAUGUUAGGAUCUUUGGAAAGUGCUUGUUGGGAUCCAAUUAAAGGAUAUUAAAUAGCAUAUUCUACUGAAGAUGGAAAUUUAAUAUUAUUAGAUGCUAGAAAAAUAGGUGAAUAACCAUUAGCUAAUUUUAAUGUAAAUAAAAAGGCACUCAGUAGUGUACAUAUGAGUUCAGGAGUUCCAGGUUUAUUGGCUACUACUUGUUUAGAUGGAAAGAUUAGAGUUUUUGAUACAGAUGCUCCUAUAAAGAAUGGUUAAUUAUAAUUGAUAAGUUCAUAUAAUCCAAAAUUAGUAAGAAAUUAAAUAAUAAAUUUAGGAAUCACUUUAUUGUGGUUAAUUCUAUUAAGAUUCUCCAUGGACUUAUGGAUGUGGAUCAAGUUAAGGUGAAUUAUUUGUUUGGGAUAUGCAAGAAAGUUAAUAGAUUGUUAAUCACUUUAGUAAUAGAGUGGCUCCAGAAUAAAGACCUAAAGUUGAAGAUGUAUAUUAUAUUAUUAAUUUAAUAGUGCACUUCAAAAAAUACAGAUGAUCUAUGUAUGAAGGAAAGAGAAGAAAUAUAAAAGAUGGAAUAAGAAGAUAAAGAGGAUAUAGAAGAAGNGGAUUUGAGUGAUGAAGAAAAAGAAGAUUAUCAAAUCAAAUCUUCAGAUGCUUUGAUUAUAGCUGCCAAGAUCGUAUUAAAUAAAUAAAUGCUAAAUUUUAGGAAAAUGAGUUUUCAUCAUUAGAAGUGUAUAUCUAUGAAGAAGAGAAGGCCAAUUUAUUUGUGCAUCAUGAGAUAUAAUUAUCAGCAUUCCCUUUAGCAGUAGAAUGGUUACCAAUAUAACCAGGUUAAAUUGAGAGUACAUCUGCAAUCAAGGGUAAUUAUGCAAUAGUCUCAUCAUUUUUACCUGAAAUAGAAAUUUGGAAUUUAGAUGUAGUUAAUGUAUUGGAACCAUCUUUAGUUUUAGGAGGAGAGAUUGAAUAGAAUUAUAAGAAAGUUAAAAACUUAAAGAAAUAGAGUAAGAAAUCUUAUAAACCUGACAGUCAUACAGAUUCAGUUUUGAGUUUGUCUUUGAAUUCAUUUAAGCCAAACAUUUUAUUAUCAGGAUCAGCAGAUCAUACAGUUAAAAUAUGGGAUUUAAUGCUUUAGAAAUGUGUGUUUACUUACAAUCAUCAUAAAGAUAAAGUUUAAAUCUCUAAAUUCAAUACAAAAGAGGAAAGUGUAAUAUUAUCAGGAGGUGAAGAUGGAAAACUUUGUUUAUUUGAUGCCAGAUCACCAGAUUCAAUUCAUUAACAUAAAAUGUUAGGAUCUUUGGAAAGUGCUUGUUGGGAUCCAAUUAAAGGAUAUUAAAUAGCAUAUUCUACUGAAGAUGGAAAUUUAAUAUUAUUAGAUGCUAGAAAAAUAGGUGAAUAACCAUUAGCUAAUUUUAAUGUAAAUAAAAAGGCACUCAGUAGUGUACAUAUGAGUUCAGGAGUUCCAGGUUUAUUGGCUACUACUUGUUUAGAUGGAAAGAUUAGAGUUUUUGAUACAGAUGCUCCUAUAAAGAAUGGUUAAUUAUAAUUGAUAAGUUCAUAUAAUCCAAAAUUAGUAAGAAAUUAAAUAAUAAAUUUAGGAAUCACUUUAUUGUGGUUAAUUCUAUUAAGAUUCUCCAUGGACUUAUGGAUGUGGAUCAAGUUAAGGUGAAUUAUUUGUUUGGGAUAUGCAAGAAAGUUAAUAGAUUGUUAAUCACUUUAGUAAUAGAGUGGCUCCAGAAUAAAGACCUAAAGUUGAAGAUGUAUAUUAUAUUAUUAAUUUAAUAGUGCACUUCAAAAAAUACAGAUGAUCUAUGUAUGAAGGAAAGAGAAGAAAUAUAAAAGAUGGAAUAAGAAGAUAAAGAGGAUAUAGAAGAAGGUGGAUUAUAAGAGGAGGAAGAUAAUUGA